AUGUUGAGAUCCCUAACUAGAGUUGGCGUUGCCAAACAGGUUGCGAGGCCUGUCGGUGUGGCUGCAGCUGCUGUUUCGAGAACUGCCGGCUUCUCCACUUCCUCCAUGUUGAGAAAAGACGAAGAGGAGCCUCUCCAGAACCUCUACGAGUUACCCAGAAAGUCCAAUGCUCCCAUCCAUGCUCCAAUCGAAAACCCUGCUGACAAGUACAAGGAGACCACAGAGGAGUUGCACAAGUUCGGUCGUUACCUUAUGUCUUGCUUGCCUAAAUACAUCCAACAGUUCUCAGUGUGGAAGGAUGAGUUGGUGCUUUACAUUCCUCCUUCGGCUGUCCGUAUUGUGAUGGUUUUCUUGAAGAACCAUACUCCAGCUCAGUUCAAGGCGUGCAUGGAUGUCACUGCCGCUGAUUAUCCAUCCAGAGUCAAUAGAUUUGAUGUCGUCUACAACUUGUUGAGUGUCCGUCACAACUCCAGAAUCAGAGUCAAAACAUACGCUUCUGAGACCUCCUCGGUUCCAUCUGUUGUUCCAAUUUUCCAGGGUACUAACUGGUUCGAAAGAGAAACUUACGACUUGUUUGGUAUCUUCUUCGAGGGCCACCCAGACUUGAGAAGAAUCAUGACUGACUACGGUUUCGAAGGUCAUCCUUUGAGAAAAGAUUUCCCAACUACUGGCUACACUGAAGUUAGAUACGACGAAGAGAAAAAGAGAGUUGUCUACGAGCCAUUGGAAUUGACCCAGGCCUGGAGAAACUUCACUGUCGGUUCCUCUGUGUGGGAGCAGGUUGGUGAAGGUAAGGACUUCACUCCAGAAUCAUUCAAAUUGCCUACUCCUGAGCCAGAGCCUCAGGAAGACGAGAAGGACAAGAAAUAA